GCAUUUGCUUCGAGGAUCUGCAUCGAUCUCUCUCUCUCUCUCUCUCUCUUCGUUGAAUCUGGCGGAAGAUCGAAUCACGAAACAGUUCCCACGUUCGAAUCAUUUGUGCCAGAUCGAAGCCCACGAGAACGGGAAUUCUGAACGUUUUCCUCGCGAUUUCGAUCGCAAUCUCGAUGCUGACACAUGAGCGCCACCAGCACCCGAUCUUUCAGCUCCCGGUGCCCGAUCUCCGCCUCUCGACGCGCUGUUGAUUCGUUCUCCUGCUGUCCUCGCGAUUUGUUAGUGUGGCGUGGCCUUUUGCUUGGAGGUGCUGUGGGAUCGGAGUCUGUUCUGGCCGGCGCCGCCACGGCGACGCCGCAGUGGUGAGGGCCGGCGGCGAGUCGCUGCUGGCGCAGUGUCCACGAUGCAGAUUAGGUUUUCGCCUAGCAUGAGAAGCAUAACGAUAUCGAGCAGCAAUGGGUUUCUGGACUUGAUGAAGGUGAAGGUCGCGGCCCGUCACUUCUCCUACCGGACCCUCUUCCACACCAUUCUCAUCCUCGCCUUUCUGCUACCUUUCGUCUUCAUUCUCACCGCCGUCGUCACCCUCGAGGGCGUAAACAAGUGCUCCUCCUUGGAUUGUUUGGGAAGACGACUAGGUCCAAAGUUUCUUGGUCGGGGUGGUGAUGGUUCCGAGAAACUUGUUAAAGAUAUAUACAAGUUAAUUGAACAAGUAAACUCUGAGGAAAUUUCAGCUGGCUUAAAAUUGCCAGAAUCUUUCAGUGAGUUUCUUUCUGACAUGAAGAAUAGCCAGGAUGAUGCCAAGACAUUUGCUACAAGGUUGAAGGCGACGAUGGAAAGCAUGGACAGGGAGUUGAAAAGAUCUAAACUAGCAGAGCAACUGCAUAAACACUAUGCAGCAACGUCUAUUCCGAAAGGCUUACAUUGUCUCUCAUUACGACUUGCUGAUGAGUAUUCAUCCAAUGCACAAGCACGUAAACAGUUGCCACCACCUGAGUUGCUACCAUUGCUUGCUGAUAACACUUACCAUCAUUUUGUUGUAGCCACCGAUAACAUUCUUGCAGCCUCUGUAGUGGUCAACUCAGUUGUUGCAUCGUCACUAAAUCCAGAAAGAGUAGUCUUUCAUGUCAUAACUGACAAGAAAACCUAUCCUGGAAUGCAUUCAUGGUUUGCAUUGAAUACUCUCCCCUUUGCUAUUGUUGAGGUGAGAGGUGUUCACCAGUUUGGCUGGUUAACAAGAGAAAAUGUACCUGUUCUUGAAGCUAUUGAAAAUCACAAUGGCGUCAGAAAUCACUAUCAUGGGAAUCAUAUUGUGGGAGCCGAUGAUACUGAUACUCCUAGGGUUUUUGCAUCUAAAUUGCAAGCUAGAAGUCCUAAAUAUAUUUCUUUGCUCAACCAUCUGCGCAUCUACCUGCCUGAGUUGUUCCCCAACCUCAACAAGGUGGUGUUUCUAGAUGACGAUGUUGUUGUUCAGCAUGACUUGUCACCAUUAUGGGAAAUUGAUCUUUCUGGGAAAGUAAAUGGUGCUGUCCUAACUUGCAAAGGUGAAGAUUCAUGGGUGAUGGGUAAAAGGUUCAGGACAUAUUUCAACUUCUCGCAUCCCCUCAUUGCCAAUAAAUUGGAUCCUGAUGAAUGUGCUUGGGCAUAUGGGAUGAAUAUUUUUGACUUGAAUGCCUGGAGGAAGACUAAUAUUCGGGAAACAUACCAUUUUUGGGUAAAGGAGAAUUUGAAGUCAAAUCUGACACUAUGGAAGCUAGGAACGUUGCCACCGGCUCUAAUUGCAUUCAGAGGUCAUGUACAUCCUAUUGAAUCAUCCUGGCAUUUGUUAGGUCUGGGCUAUCAGGAAAAGACUGACCUUGACAGCGUUAAGACGGCCGCUGUGAUCCACUACAAUGGGCAGUGCAAGCCCUGGCUGGAGAUCGGAUAUAAGCACUUGCAGCCCUUUUGGACGCGGCAUGUAAACUAUUCCAAUGAGUUCAUAAGGAAUUGUCAUAUCUUGGAGCCCUCAAUAACGCUUAGAUAACUGGACUGCUUGAAAAUAGAGGGAAGGAGUUACAAUCCUCAACUGGUGCACAUUUUUUUCACUCAAAUAUCUAAACGAAUUUUGUUGCAUAGUGGUGCAGUCAAAAAAAUGGGAUGCACCUCCCAGACUCCUUUUCAGGCUGCUGUUCCGGCAUCACUGAACAUUACAUUCAUUCUAAGAUAAAUAGUAUUCAGUAUCGAGCUUCUUAAAGGUAAUUCUUCGCAGUAUGCUGGACGGUGUAUUCCCGGUCUGGAACAAACAAUCUGCUCCUUGUUUGGUGGAGGUGGAGCAUCCAGUUGCAUGACCAGUAUAUACUGAAGAGAUAAUUAUCCUGAAGGCAUGCAGAUUUUGUGUUUAUUUUUCUUUUUUCCCCUUUGAAAAGUUUAUUUUGGCUUUAUUUAUUAAUUUACUCAGACCCUUUCCAGUUCUUUAUUCGACCUCUAAAUUUAGAGGCCGUGGGAUGUUUACUUCAAACAUCUCAAUCCCUUCGAAUAUUGGGCAACUCUAGCAAAUGUCUUAAAAUUCACAAGAUAUUGGAAUGUGCAGUUAAUUCUUUCA